UAAAUUCUCAACGGACCAAUGACGUAAAGCCGCCGGGGACAGGUGAUUGGUCGCGUGAGGAGGCUACGUGGGGCGAGGACGUCGCCGUCGCUGCAGCCAGAAGUGUCUGUGCGGCGGCCGGAAGGUUGAGCGACUGCAAUCCUGCAGCAGCUUCGUCAGCGUCGGUUAAAAUGCCUACUUCCGAUUAUGUUCUGCUCAAUACGGGACAGAAGAUGCCUCUCAUUGGGCUGGGGACAUGGAAGAGUGGACCUGGUGAGGUAAAAACAGCUAUCCUGAAUGCUUUAAAGAAUGGUUAUCAUCAUGUAGACUGUGCUGCAGUGUACAAUAAUGAAGCUGAAAUUGGAGACGUCUUCAAAGAAGUAGUUGGUGUUGACAAGAUCGUAAAACGUGAAGAACUUUUCGUAACCUCCAAGUUGUGGAAUACCAAGCAUCAUCCUGAAGAUGUGGAACCUACCUGUCGCAAAUCUCUGGAAGACCUGAAGCUCACUUAUCUGGAUUUGUACCUGAUCCACUGGCCUUAUGCUUUUCAAAAAGGUGACAACCCCUUUCCAGUGAAUCCUGAUGGCACAAUACAAUACGAUUAUAUUCAUUAUAAGGAAACUUGGAAAGCUAUGGAGAAAUUAGUAGAAAAGGGAUUGGUGAAAGCUAUUGGACUCUCAAACUUCAACAGUCGACAGAUAGAUGAAGUUAUUGCUGCAGCUACUAUCAAACCUGCAGUGCUGCAGGUGGAAUGCCAUCCAUACUUAGCCCAGAAUGAGCUGAUUGAGCAUUGCCAGAAACAUGGAUUGAUAGUGACUGCCUAUAGUCCUCUUGGUUCCUCUCAGCGGAUGUGGAAAGCCCCAGAUGAACGAGAGCUACUUGAAGAUGCUGAUAUUAAAAGUAUAGCCAAUAAACAUGGGAAAUCACCUGCUCAAGUGCUGCUCAGGUGGCAGGUACAGCGUGGGGUCGUAGCCAUUCCCAAGAGUGUCAAUGCAGAACGAAUUACACAAAACCUGCAGGUGUUUGAUUUCAUACUGACUGAAGAUGAGAUGAAAAAAAUUGGAAGUCUCAAUAGAAACUGCCGUUAUAUUGUUCCAAGGGUAAAGGUUGACAAUAAAUUUGUAUUCAGAGACGCACUGCAUCCACAUUACCCUUUCAAUGAUCCAUAUUAGUGACAGUGGGAUGAGCCAUUGCUGCCUUAAUGUUUGUAUUGUUUGGUAAACCAAUUUUGCUGAUGAAAUUCAAUGUGUUACAUCAUGUAGAAAGAAUACUUAAUCGCUUUUUAAAUAAUCCUUGUUUGCAAAUAGUUCAUUAGAAAAUUUAGAUGUUUGAAAGUGAAUAAAAUUAUG